AUGAGAACCUGGAAUAACACAGAGUUUCCUUACUUCAUCCUUAUGGGGCUGACAGACUCUGGAGAGCUCCAGCAGGCACUCUCUAUGCUGUUUCUCCUGAUUUACCUGGCUAGUGUGCUGGGAAAUCUAGCUAUGAUUGUGAUAAUUCGUCUGGAUGUACAGCUUCACACUCCUAUGUAUUUUUUCCUCACUCACCUCUCCUUCAUUGACCUCAGUUACUCAAGUGUCAUCACACCUAAAACCCUAGAGAACUUGUUGACUUCCACCAAGAGUAUUUCCUUCCUGGGAUGCUUCACGCAGAUGUACUUUUUUGUUCUACUUGGUGCUGCAGAAUGUUUUCUCCUGGCCUCCAUGGCCUAUGAUCGCCAUGUGGCUAUCUACAGUCCUCUGCGCUACCCAGAGAUUUUGUCCAAAAGCCUGUGCCGAGUCCUGAUCAUGGCAUCCUACCUGAUUGGUUUCAUUGACUCCUCGGUGAAUGCUGUUUGUAUGAGUAGAUUAAAAUUUUGCAACUCCAAUGCAGUCUCACAUUUUUUCUGUGACACUUCCCCAAUGUUAGCUCUGUCCUGCACUGAUACAGAUGAGGUUCAAACUAUAAUUUUUGUUUUUGCUGGUUGUACCCUAAUGGUCUCCCUUAUCACAAUAGCCACGUCCUAUGUGUCCAUUCUGUCUACUAUUCUGAAAAUUAAGUCUAUCACAGGAAAGCAGAAAGCCUUCUCCACCUGUGCCUCCCAUCUGCUGGGAGUCACCAUUUUUUAUGGCACUAUGAUCUUUACCUAUUUGAAACCCAAGCAGUCCUACUCCCUGGGAAAGGAUCAAGUGGCUUCUGUGUUUUACACGAUUGUGAUCCCCAUGCUGAAUCCACUCAUUUAUAGUCUUAGGAACAAGGAAGUAAAAAAUGCUUUCUUUCGAGUCAUGCAGAAGAGAGUCUCCUUUGGGCAACUGAAAUAA